UGCUUUGCUGUUUACAUGUAGUUGCUUAGAACUUUAUAACCCCAGCAUGUCUGCCUCCAUAGUGAGAGCAACUGUUAAGGCGGUUAGCAGGCGAAAGAUUUUAGCCACAAAAGCCGCUUUAACACUGACACCUUCAGCUGUGAAUAGAAUCAAGCUUCUUUUGCAAGAUAAGCCAGAAUAUAUUGGGCUGAAGGUUGGAGUUCGGACCAGAGGUUGUAAUGGCCUCACAUACACACUGGACUACACAAAAGAGAAGGAAAAAUCAGAUGAGGAGGUGUGUCAGGAUGGUGUGAGAGUUUUUAUUGAGAAGAAGGCUCAACUUACUUUGUUGGGCACAGAGAUGGAUUUUGUUGAAACAAAACUCUCCAGUGAGUUUGUGUUUAAUAAUCCAAACAUCAAGGGAACAUGUGGCUGUGGGGAGAGUUUUAACAUCUGAACUGCUUUGUAACACACACUGGGGCCCCUUUUCUCUUCCUGCCAUGUAUACCCUGCAGGACAUAGUCUUAUUUCCAAGUCCAAGGUCAAGAGCCACUGUGUGGCAAAAGUGGAAAUAUAUAAAGAAAGAAAAAAAAAAUGACAUGAGACUAAUGUACAUGGAGGGAUUUGACAUCAGCUGCAACUAGCAAAAAUGAUCUUCAGUAUCAUACCACCAACCUUGAGAAGUGCUGUAAUUGUUUAGUUGAAAUGCGUUCAACUCAGUUCAUACCUUCUUUCACUUGUGGCAAAUUGUGUACUCUAGGUUAUUUUCUAGUCCGUAACCUGUGGAAUGAAGGCAAUUGAUGAAAGUUUAUUAUUUAGUUUUAGGAAGAAUCUGUUGAUGUGAGAUGUUGACCUACUUGUUGUUUCCAGGUUGCUGCCUUCACCCCAUCAAAGAUGGGCUGUGGUAGUAAACCAACAGUUAUGACAUUUACUUGGUUGCCACUUCAUGGUUUGACAUUUAUUUGUGAUUUGUAGUCCAGUGUAUGCAUUUCAGUUACCCUGUGAACCUGAACUGAACUGAGUCAAGUGUCAUUCCUAGUUUUCCUAAAGCUUUUCUGAGAUGCAUAAGAACAAGUUGGACACUUCUGCCCUGAAAGAGAAUAAUGAAAACUUUAUUGUAUUAUUUCACGUAACCAUGUAAGUGAGAUGGUGAAAGCCAGAAGUGGUAUAUUAAACAUAAAAUGUAGGCAAAGAUUAAAGACCCCUGAAGGCUGUUCAAGUAAGAAAUGUUUUGAACUGGGUUUGUUUAAUAUGUGUUGCAUUGUUCAGCACAUGAUGAUGAGCAGAUUAAAUGUUGUCAUGCUGCUCACUCUGAAAUUUUAUGUGGUUGUAAAAACCCAAGAGUAAGUAUCGAUUGUAAUAAGCCUGUCUAUCAACGCACAAUAAAGUUAUACACAUACACAAA